AUGAUUGAUAAAAAUCUUAGUCCCCCGUCUUGGAACGAACACCCAAGAAGGGGUGAAUUUAUGCAUGAUUUUUUUUGAAAUUUAAAAAAUAAUCCCAAUUGGAAAGCGAAAAUAAAAUUUCAGUUUAAAAUGCAUUUAAAAUCCAAAAAAAUAGCAAGAGAUUUUUAAUAUAUUAAUUAUCACUUAUACAUUUAUAAAAAAUUUUUUAUUCUCUUGAGUUUUAAACCCAAAAAAUAGCCAUUUUUCUAAUGGUUUUGCUCGCUCACAUAGGGGGGUUAGCAAAACAUAUAGGACUUCAUUAGAAAAUGAUUUCCUUAAAUCCAGCUCAAGAUCCUCUACACCUUCUAUAUACAGACACACAGAUUUAGGCUAUGAAAUGCAUACAGUGGCUAGAUCACGAAAAGAAACUGAUAACAAAGUCCAGCUUCUAGAUAAUCGAAUAAAAAUGCUGCUAAGAAAAGACAACAGUGUCCAAAAAGCCGCUGAAAAUGCCCACAAAAAAGCUGAUUAUUUAUUAAAAACUAGAGAACGAUACAUUAAUGACGUAAUGGCUGCUCACAAGCUAAAGGUAAAGAAAGAAAAAGAGAUUGAAAAAAUGAAAGAAAUAGCCCAAAUAAGGAAAAAAGUCCAAGAAAGCAUGCUAAAAGAAAUAAAAGAGGAGGUCGUCAUUGAUAAAAAAUACUCUGCAAAAGAAAUUAAAAAGAUUUCUAGCUUAAAUGAAGUAAAAGCUAAAGAAAACAAACAUUUAGACUUAAGGAAAAAAUUAGGAAGCAAAUUUAUAUAGAAUUUCUCAUUAAAUUGACUAUAAAAUUGACUUAAAAUUCCAAAGGACAAAUCUAAAGAAAAUACUAUAAAACAGAUAGAAGAUGAUAUGAUAAAAAGAAAAAGGAGUGUGAGCCAGUUAAAUUAUAAAAACGCUAUAAGAGAAAAAUACGAAAAUAAAAUCCAGAUAGAAAAAGAGCUCAGAGAAGACUCAGUCAAGAAAUUAACAGAGCUGGAAGAGCUAGAAGCAGCCCUACUACUCAAGCUUUCUGAUACAAUGACACUAAGGAAUCAGGCCCUAUCUAAACUGGAAUCAAUCUCAAAAAUUUCACCUCCAUACACCCCUUCACCUGUGAUGAAUUAA